AUGCGUUUCCGUGCCGCCGCCGCUGCCGCCCCGCUACCCGCGAGAUUCGAGGCCGAGGCCUUAGAGGCACCCUUGGGACGGGCGCAUCCCUGCUCGGGUCCUGAUCCACCCACCCCUCUCGACGGCCAAGCAUUUGAUUUCAUCAUUGUCGGCGCUGGCUCCGCGGGCUGCGUGUUGGCCAACAGGCUAACUGAAGUCAAGAACUGGUCCGUGUUGCUGAUAGAAGCUGGGAACGAUCCGCCCUACGUGUCUGAAGUUCCUGGUCUCGGAAUACUACUAGGAGCUUCGUUUCCAGAUUGGAAUUACUAUACAAAGGAUGACACCGAUGAUGACACGAGACUACGAAGUAUUCACAUGAUCCAAGGAAAAGUUUUAGGUGGUUCCAGCAGCGUGAAUUAUAUGUAUUACGUCAGAGGCAAUCCCGCUGACUACGACGACUGGGCGGCACAAGGUAAUGAAGGCUGGGAUUGGAAGAAUGUCUUAAAGUAUUUUAAAAAGAGUGAAAGACUAAAUGACGAUGAGAUAUUAAAAAGCGAAUCCAGUGAACUCCACGGUGUCAAUGGAAACAUAGGAGUGACGCGAUCGAUAUGGGACAAACAGACCAAAAGAUACUUUGAAGCUUUCAGAGAAAAUGGUCACGACAUUUUGUUGGACACAAACGGCCAGCAACAACUCGGAUAUUCGGCACCCACUUUCACCAUCGACAAAUCGCGACGUCAGAGUGCCGCUGCUGCUUAUUUAAAGCCCAUACUGAACCGUCCUAAUAUAAAAAUACUCAAAGAAACUCUUGCAAGAAAAUUAACUUUUGAUGAGGAUAGAAGAGUCACUGGAGUAGAAAUUAGGGAUUCAGGAGGCGUUAUUAAGACGGUGACAGCAAACAAGGAAGUUAUCCUAUCAGCCGGUGCUAUUAAAAGUCCACAGAUACUGAUGUUAUCAGGUGUAGGACCAAAAGACUAUUUAGAGGAAAUGGGAAUAAAUGUAGUUGUAAAUAGUCCUCACGUUGGGUCCAACCUACAAGAUCACAUGUUAGUACCAGUGGUGCUGUCUUUUGAUAAUGAAGAAUCUUCUAUAACAGAUAAUUUCAACGUUUUAAGUAAACUAGGAACAUUUCCGGUCCCAAAUAUUAUGGGCCACGUAGCUCUAGACAAGAACCAAACUUUUCCAGACUACCAAGUCACCUCAAUGCCGCUCCCUGUUGGAACCAUGCUGCCAUCUCUAGUCUGUUAUAGUAUAUUUCAGUGGAAUAAAGAAAUAUGCACGGCCUUAGCUGCCGCGGCGAGUCGAGACAUGUUAUUUGCAUUAAUUUCCUACCUUCACCCCGAAUCUAGAGGAUACAUCAAGUUGAAGAGCAAUGACCCCGAACAACAGCCAUUAAUUUUUCCCAAAUAUUUGUCUGAGAGUACCGACUUAAAGAAAUUCUCUCAAAGCCUACAACAUUUUACGAGCUUGAUUAAUACCACGUCUUGCCAAAAGCUUAACUCUGAAAUCGUCGACUUAAAUAUUGAUAAAUGUAAAGAUAAAGUAUUCGGUAGUUUGGAAUACUGGGAAUGCUACAUUUAUAAUCUGGUGACAACCCAGUACCAUCCUGUUGGAACGUGUAGAAUGGGACCAGGUGGAGUGGUGGAUGAGAGACUUAGAGUAAGAGGAGUCGAAGGAUUGAGGGUAGUGGACGCGAGCAUCAUGCCUUCCAUAACGAGCGGCAACACGUACGCCCCGGUCCUCAUGAUCGCUGAAAAAGCGGCUGACAUGUUGAAACUAGAUAACGGUAUUUGUGAGGAUGUUCUAUAA